UACGACACACCUGUAAUCUAACGUUAACCUGCGCUCAUUCGGAGAGUGCCGCGGGAUCCUUCACCGCGUUUAUUCCCCUCCAAAUACACAAAUUGGGCAAUAGGACAAACUUGGAAGGUAAACGUGGACGCUAACUAAAGGUGCUAUGCCGUACGUGUAGAGCAUUGUGUCGCAAACGAGACGCCCAGGUGAGAAGAUGAAGAUACAACUCCUGCUGCCUCUGACCAUCGCCGUGACUGUCGCGUUGGUGGUGGUCAUGAAAACUCGCAGAAGUGAGCACGACAAAGAGUACAUUGAGAAUCGGUUCAAGCGCAUCAAGGUGAAGGUGACUCACAGCUUGCUGGCAGGAUACCAGGAAGAGAAAAUGUCCAUUGAGAACCAAAUCCAGGAAAGAAACCAGGAAGAGAAGUCGUUGAAGGAGGCAGCCGAGUCGGCAGAAGAGAAAGCACAGAAGGCAAAGGCACACGUGGAACCAUGCCAAGGAGCUGUGAAAAUACUAAAUGAUGAGGCGAUGGCACUCCAGACAGAAUUCAGUAAUCUGCAAGGUGAGAACAGCAAAGAGAAGGCCGCAUGGACUGCUCAACUGGAAUCGCUGAAAAAACAGCUACAGAGUCAAAGUGCCAUAUGUGCUUUUUUGAAGCAAGGGAUAGAAUCUGCAAGCAAGUUGUGUAGCAGUGAAGGGGUUGUAGAGGCUCCUAAACCAGAGGAAACAAAAUCAGAAGAGGCAAAAGCAGAGGAGUCAAAACCAGAAGAGGCAAAAGCAGAGGAGUCAAAACCAGAAGAGGCAAAAUCAGAGGAGUCAAAACCAGAAGAAGAAAAAGUGGAGGAUUUAAAACCAGAAGAAGCGAAAGCAGAGGAGUCAAAACCAGAAGAAAAUAAGGUGGUGGCUUCUUAACAGGAAGAACAAGAAUGUAUUGGUCUUACACAAAAAGAAUACAGUAUGCCCAAAGAAUGUCACACCUUAAAAUAGCACCUCAUGUAUUUUCAUGUGGUGCCUCCACUUACAUUACCACAGUAAAUAUUCAAUCUCCACAUGUUACUUAUUCUUGUGAGAUAUAUAUCAUGAUUGGGUAUAGAUAUUUCACUACCAAAUACAGUGCCUCAUUCAGCAUUGUAUAUAUUUUUGAAAUGAAGUAAUGGCAAAAAUAAAUUCUGCUUUUUUUGACAAUAAAAGCUCUUAAAAAAAAGCAAA